AGCACUGUAGAAUGUAAACUCUGAUGACUAGUGCAAGCCAGAGAAGGGAUCAGGUGGUUCUCGGACCUCUACCCCCUUCCUUCCUCCGACUGGAAACCAGAACCAGUGAUGGAGAGACCGUUACCACAGUAACAGCAGACCCAGCCAUAGGACGACAAGUUGAGCUCCCUCCAGGAACGCAACCCCGUCCUAAUUAUGGGGCACAACCCCCUCCUCAACCCCGUCCUAAUAAUGGGGCACAACCCCCUUCCCAACCCCGCCCACACUCACAACCAGCAAUGCAGCAGCCCGGUCAGCCGUAUGUGCCCCAAGCUGGUCUCAGUAUAACCAUAGCUCAGGCAGUUUUGAACAAGAGCUACACACUGAUAGGCAGUAUGGACCCGUAUGUUCGGCUGAAAGUUGGACACAACACUUACGAAACUUUCACCCAUGCUGGUGCGGACAAAGCACCGUGCUGGAACAAAGUUUAUCACUGUCCCCUGCCGAAUACGCACAGUGUGCGCACAGUGAGUGUAGAAAUAUUUGACGAGAGAGCACUGACAGAUGAUCAGAGGAUAGCCUACGCAAAGAUAGCUGUUCCACAGUCUGUGUUCGAGGGUCACACUUUGGACGAGUGGUUUCCCCUGAGUGGAAAACUUGGAGAAGCCAAAGAGGGCUCAAUCAACCUUAUCGUAUCGUACACUACGAUGCCGAUGAUAACGCUGCCGUAUCAGAGGAUCCACUAUCCGUACGCGGGGGUUGCACCCCAACAUUUCACCCCCAGGCCGCCUCCAGAAGUGAGCGAAGCAGACAUCAGUACCAUCAAGGACAUGUUCCCGGAAGUAGACAAGGAAGUUAUCCGGACAGUCUUGGAAAGUAAACACGGAAACGUUGAAGCCGCUGUCGCAGCCAUUCUAGACAUUAUGGAUGGGACUGGCCAGUAGUGAUGUAAUUUCCGUGCUGUAGGCUGUACACAUUCAUGUUAAUUUAGACUGAAGAACUGGAGAAUUGCACGUGAUGUCCUUAUAAGGGCAUUGCACGUGAGCCAUAUUGCACGUGACCUUUAACUUGUUUUUGUUCCAAUUUUAAAUUAGUGUCAGAACUUUAUUUAACAUUGUGUGUGAAUUGUUGCUUUAUAACUUGUGAUAAGUAGAGUAAAUACUUAAGAUACCACCAUGUACCUUUAGCCAAAUGUAAAUACCUUCGCAAAUUUAUAAAAAAUGUAUCAAAUUUCCAUUUUUUCAGAAACCGUUAUGAUACAAUUUUUUUAUGGACAUUAAUUUAUUUAGAGUUAGCAUACGUUAUAUUAGUUUUCAUUUCAAAAAUAAUGUUUGAAAAUAGAAAUCAGAAUUAAAUUUACUUCUAAUCACACGGUUUUUGGUAGAAUUGCUUAAUGUUGUGCUGAAAAAAAGAAGUAAUAAUUAAAAGAUUGUGUUUUAUCUGGGAAUUUAAACUUUAUGUUGAUGAAAUUUCAUUUCCUAAAAUCA